AUGGAUGAGCUAACAGACGAAACAAUCAGGCCAAAUUUGACAUUAAGUAUUGAGGAUGUCAAUGAUGAUAUAAAUAUGAAUGAUAGCGAACCUGGUCCUAGUCGACGACGACAAACUAAAGAGUUAUCGGAGAAUAUGGAUGACGAUUUGGAAUUGGUACUUGCAGAAAUGGAAGAAAGUGACACAUUGCAACCUGGCAAUGCGGUUACUAAUACUGGCAAUGAUUUACCCAUCACUAUGGAUGAAUUGAAUACUCUGCUAGCUAUCAAUGAAGCAUUUAAUGAAACUUUAGAGAACUUAAUUCGACGUGUUACAUUAGCUAUAUCUAAGAAUCGCGAAGCACAAAAAUUGUUGAAAGCUAAGUUACGGCAGACUACAGAGCGUGGAUUACGAAUUAAUAUAAAGAAAGUGCCAGUUUCACGGUUUUUAUUCCCGUAUUUUCGAGAUUCCCAUGAAAUGGAGCCACCAAAAAAUGAAGAAUAUGAGCUGAAAGUUUUUCGUCGAGAAUAUGAUCCAUUGGUGAAGGAAGAAAAGAAAUGGUCAGCGAAGGAAUGUCAUUUAUUGGCAAGUGCGGUCUGGAAGUCCUUAGUCGAAAUCCGUAUUCAACCUUUUAUUCAGAGGAAAGAAAUGUUUGCCGAGAAAAUUCGAUCCGCUGGACAAGAAACAUCAGCAGAACAGAUAGCUGAUUGGAAUAGUACUAUUGUUGAGUUGGAACGUUUGAUUACAUAUCAUAAAAAUCUUCCAGAAAAUGAAGUAUUAAUGAGUGAUUAUUCUGAAGUGGAUUGGGCAAAGAUUGCUAAAGUUGAUUUUCUUGGAAAUCGAACACCGAAACAGUUACGAUUGAAGUGGAUUAAUGAACAAUGUCCACGAUGGUCAAAAGAGCCAUGGUCUUCUCAUGAAAUACAACGAUUAAAGGAAUGUGCAGGAAGAUGGAAUAAUUGGAAUGUAAUUGCGGAACGAUUAGGCACGAAUCGUACAGCUUUUCAGUGUUUCGUAAAAUUUAGAAGUGAAUUGGAUAUUGACAAUGUUGGAAGAUCAUGGACAAAGGAAGAGGAUGCUCAGUUAAUGACUUUAGCGCAUUGUAUGCAAGUAAAUGGUAAAAUGAAUUGGGAGAAAAUUGCUCAUUUUAUGGAAGAAAGAUCACGGCAGCAAUGUACCAUUCGAUAUAGACGAGCACUUGAUACUGAUAUUAAAUUUGGUCGAUGGGAUGCAAGUGAAGAUGUGCUUUUAACAUGCUCUGUAAGUCGAUUUGGAACAAAAGAUUGGAUAAAAGUAGCAUCAUGUGUUCCAGGAAGAAGCGAUUCACAGUGUCGUGAUAGAUGGGUAAAUGUGUUGGACAAAAGUAUUAAAGCUGAACCAUGGUCAGUGGAUGAGGAUGAAAAAUUACUUGAGGGAGUGAAAAUUUUUGGAAAAGGUGAAUGGUCAAGAAUUUCAACAAUGCUGCCAGGUCGUUCAGCUUCGCAUUGCAAAUCACGCUUCCGAUCACUUCUUUCAGCAAAAGUCAAGCUGGCUUCGGAAUGUCGCUCAUAUCCAUUCAGACGUUUUAGUUGGAAAGGCAAACAUCGUCGGCAAGAAGUGGAAGCAACGUUCAAGAAGUUGUUAGCAGCUGACGGUAAAAGUGGUCUGGCGGAACAAGUAAUGAAUUCAUUUGAUAUGCGAGCAUUAAGUGUCGAUGAAAUGGAGGCAUUAUCUGCGAUGGCACCUGAACAAAGAAUAAUAGUAAUGCAAUUCCUGAAUGAAGUUCGUGAAAAACAUCUGAGUAAUGAUGUGAAAGAUGAUCAGUCGAUUUGGAAAUUACUAACUGAUAAGUUGCAAUUCAAUACGAGUUAUUUGGAUAAUUCAACACAAAGUGCCCUGCUGAAAUAUUACAAAAGAUUUCUCGGCGGAAACAUGAACGAGCUUUUAACUCAUCAUGAAAAAGAUGAAUUCGAUACCAAAUGCAGAAUGUUAAAAGAAACUGAUCCGGAGGCUGCAAAAGAUUAUGUCAUUAACGGCUUAUGUGAUUUAAUUGAACGAAGUGACAAUUUACAAUAUUGUGGGCAUCAAAAGAAGCUUACUAGAAGUCAGGUGCUUGGUGAAAUUAGUCGAUAUCUUAAUUCGGUUCUUAUCGAUGAUGUAAAUAAAGCUGUAUCUUGUGGCACAAAUGCUUUUGCUAUACCACCCUGCAUUGGAUCACUUCAUUUGUAUGAAAAUAUUCAGAAGCAAAUUCAUUUGUUAAGAGAAUCCGCUGGUGACCUCUUUGAACCGAUUGUUCCGGAUCAGGAUGAUAAUAUAUUUUUGCAACUUUCACGACAGAUUACUUUGGAUCCUGAAUAUGUCUUACUUAAAGCAAAGUUGCGAACAUUACUCUUUUGGCCAAUGCUUUUGUAUCGAUCAACAGAGAGUAAUCAGUCAGUGGAAAGAAGAAUAUAUUUACGUUCAGUUGCUACCAAAAAAUUAGCAGAACAGCAAAAACAAGCUUUGGAAAGUCUUAAGGAACGAUUUCAAAAUCAACAACAUCUAACAUCGGAACAAGCAGCUAUUCCGGAAAGCGAGUUUGAUGAUGAGUAUACUGCAGGACUGAGUGUUGGUGAAUUUCUGAAGCAACGAAUGUUAAAACGACCGCGUCGAUACAUUACUGAUAGGAAAUUAGGAUCGGAAGAUAUCUCUGAAAUGGACUUUGUUGAACAGGGUGCGUCGGAUAUCACUGAAGCGAUGAGCAAUCGUAUUGAUGAAUGUAUCGAAUCAGUUUGUAUUGCUGUUCAGAAAAUAUAUGAACGUGAUUUUAUGAUUCCUGCGAGGUAUAGAUUGGCAAGACAACAGUUAAACAGAAAUAAUUCUAAUACAAAUAUUGUGGAGAAUGCAGUAAAGGAUGUAUUAGAUGCUAUUAUUGAUGAAAUUACGAGCGGUGAAAUCAAUGAUGAAAGUGUCAAUUUGUCAGCAAAGAUGAAAAAGCGCUCAAACAGUGUUGUAGCUGAUGCUAACUCUGAACAUAAUGACACUGUUUCAGAAAUUAAACAGCCUAAAUCAGCUGUGAUGAAAAGAAAGCGAAAUGCAGCUGAAAAUAUCGCAAGUAGUAGUGGACAAAUUGGCAAAACAAAGAGAGCUAGAAAAGAAGCAGAUGCCAAAUCGUCGCUAAAACAAAGUGAUACGAAAAGUAGAAAGAAAAAAUUUACGAGGAAACGGAUUAGUAAAAAUUGA